UAUAUUUAGCUGAAGUUGAUAAGUAAUGCAGAAGAUCUCAAGAGAAUAGCAAUUCGUUAAUAUAAUGUGUAUUGCUCAGGAGCUUAACAAAAGUGAAAAAGAUUGGCCAUGGCUGUUACUUCCAGAGCUGCUCUAGUGCAAUUUUGCACUCAACUUGAUAUCAAGCUGUUAAUUAUUAACUGGUUCAAUUGUAAAGGGUGUUACCUUGCUCUACAUUUCAGUGUCCUGUCCAUUUGUAAUUUGUCAGAAAAAAACAAAAAAAAACAAUCUAAACAAACCAACGCUACUCCACUAUGGCAACUGAAAUGGACAGAGCACCUGAGAAGCUGAAACUGAAGACUGAAGUAGGGCUCCUGGGUGGAGUGUCCCUCAUUGCAGGGGUUAUGAUUGGAUCUGGAAUUUUCAUGUCUCCUCAGUAUGUGCUACUUUACAUUGGGAGUCCAGGUGCAAGUCUAUUAAUAUGGGCUGCUAGUGGAGUGUUGGCCAUGUUAGCUUCCUUGUGCUAUGCUGAACUGGGAACUGUGAUCCGUGAGUCUGGAGGAGAGUAUAUCUACAUCUUACGUACUUCAGGCAACCUUAUGGCCUUUAUAUUUGCUUUCACCUCAGUUGUUGUGGUAAGGCCAACCAGUAUGGCAGGAGUGGCACUCAGCUUUGCUCAAAAUGCCCUUGCGCCUUUCUAUGAUGAUUGCCUGCCACCAGAUGGAGUGAUUAAGUGUUUAGCAGCCACAGGGAUUCUGCUGUUGGCAGUUGUGAAUUGUUUGAAUGUGCGCUCCUCCAUGGCAGUCAUGGUGUUCUUCACAGUUGUUAAGAUGCUGGCACUGGUAGUGAUCAUGACUGGGGGUGUUGUGCUACUCAUUCAAGGGAACACCUCCAACAGUCUCCAAAACUCCAUGGACGGGACCAAACUGAGUGUCAGUGCUAUUGGAACAGCAUUUUACCAGUGUUUGUGGUCCUAUGAUGGUUGGAACAACCUGAACUCUGUAACUGAAGAGAUUAAACAUCCUGAGGUGAACCUGCCAAGGGCCCUGAUGAUCGCUAUUCCCAUGGUAACAAUUCUGUACCUACUAGUCAAUGUAAGUUAUCUGGUUGUCAUGACGCCCACAGAGAUGAUAUCAUCCAGUGCUGUAGCUGUUACUUGGGGGAAUAAAGUUUUAGGAGGAUGGGGCUGGAUAAUGUCUGUGGCUGCAGCACUCUCAGCUUUCGGAUCUCUAAAUGGAUCUUUCUUCAGUGGAGGACGAGUGUGCUAUGUAGCGGCGAGAGAGGGACACAUGCCAGAUAUUCUGGCCAUGGCUCACAUGCACCGGCUCACUCCAUCUCCAGCCCUCAUUUUCACCACAGUCAUUUCUCUCAUUGUGCUCAUUCCCGGAGACUUCCAGGGCAUAGUCAACUUCUUCAGCUUCACUGCCUGGUUCUUCUAUGGGGUCACAUUUUCAGGCCUUCUGUAUUUAAAAAUCAAGAAACCUGAACUUCCUCGGGCAAUAACGGUGCCCAUCAUCAUCCCCAUCCUGGUGUUGAUGGCCGCUGUGUUUCUGGUGCUGGCACCCAUCAUUGAUGACCCUCAGAUUGAGUACCUCUAUGUGACACUCUUCAUCCUGAGUGGAAUGCUGAUUUACAUCCCCUUCAUUCACUUCAAGCUGUUCCCAGGGAUACUGGAUAAACUCACAGUCUUCCUCCAACUCGUACUGGAGGUGGCACCCACAGACAAAAACCUGUGAUGCUGAGGGAACAGUAGUGUCAAGUCUAUUGCUUUUCAACUUUUACUCAACCCAGCAAGCCUUGCUAUAUUUUUGACAUGGAGAGGAGUUAAAGGCAUCCACAACUCUAAAUGCAAUAUAUGUUUGAUUUGCAGCACUGUGUAAAGGAGAAACAAAAACAUUUGAAUCAAUCAACAUUUCAAUUCUAUCCUUAAAAUGAUAUGGCUCUUGAAAAUGUGAUAGUGACAAUUAUCAGUAUAAAUUAGAUAAUAAAUAUAAUUGUAAAAAUAAACAUAAUAAUAAAAAUUGAAAAAGAUUUUAACUAUAGAUAUUUUAACACAAAUCUCAUACAUUUUUGUUUCAUAAAAUGGAUACAACAGUGAUUGUCAUGGACAUAAUUUGAUGUUCCACUAUAUUUUCAGAGUUUGGACAUGAACUUUACUACAACCUACUGGUGGAAACUCCAAAGUGCAAAAUGUAGGAAUUUAAGACGUGGUUCUGAAACAUCUUAGCGCAAUGACCUAUUUCGCAGGAAAAUAGCAAAUUGCGCUUUGCGGUACUUCAUUAACAUACAAUACACCCACAGUUUGUGUUCAUGCACUUUAUAUCAGGGGCAUGGGCAUA